UUUGACACCUUUCGCACACCGUAGGGUUCUCUUCUUACGUCAGUGCGCAUGCGUGUGUUUACACUGCUGUCAUCACAGCGUUCAUUUCACUGAAGGGAACAUCCAGGCUGGAGUCAUGGACAGCAGUGAAGGUCCAUCUCAGAGGCCUGUUACACUGGAUAUAGACGGAGAGACGCCAGAAGCCUCUGUCACGCCCCAGACGGACCCAACAGAAGCGUCUUUCCAAGAGGAGAGCAUCGACCUGGACGCCGAAGCGUUUGCUUCCCCACCGGACGACAGCAUUCACUCUGAGAGCUUAAUAGACAAGCUGAAUGACCAGAUGAUGGAGAGCGUGAUGAUCUCAGACUCCCCUAACAGCGAGGAAGAGGACGUCGUUCCCAUCGACUCACUUUUGGGGCAGAAUGAAGAUGAGGAAGCGCUUUUGUCCAAAACACCGGAUGAAGAUUCAGAAGAACAAAAGGAUGACGACACUGCUGAACCUGAGGACACAUCAGAGCCUUUAUUGGAAGAAGAGAACGAAGAAGAGACGAUUGCUCAGGUGGAUGACAAAAGGGAAAUUGAUCCUCAGCACGGCCCAAACCCAGAGGCUCCCGAAGUUCAGGAAUCAGGACUUGAGGUGAAUACGGAUACGUCCCCCAAAGAGGAGCCUAUCCCGGUGUGUACUAUCUUCAGCCAGGCUGUGCAACCCAAAACACAAGCCCUGAUACCUGACGGCUUCCAGCCAACGCUAGUAAAAUCUCCAAGUUUUACCAUCGGCAGCACAGACACCCCCAACAAACUCAUCCCUCAAGUGUGCCAGCCCAGUCCCAGCCUCAGUAAGUUCUUCACAGAUAACUGCGGGGUCAACCCCGCCUCAGACUUCUUCGAUUCCUUCACCACAUCCACCUCUUUCAUAUCAAUCAGCAACCCGAACGCAGAGUCGGCCAAGACUCCAGACUCUCCGUCGGGCCCCGGGCCUCAGGAAGCUGUACCGACCAGCACGUACUUCACCCCGGUCGCUUCGAAACCGCAAGAAAGUCCCGCGGAGCCCGUGAACAAACUCCAGGCCGUGUUCUCAAGCGGCGACGACCCUUUCGCAAGCGCUCUGAUCACCAGCGAUCUGGAUAAGCGCUACGACGCCUGGCUUCCCUCAGACGACACCAGGAAGGUUCUGAUAUCAGUGGCCACACAGCAGAUCAGUCCUGUUCAGAUAGACCGAGAGCAGCUGGCCAUGCCUGGACUCAAGUUUGACAACCUACAGGGUGACGCGGUGAAAGAUCUCAUGCAGCGUUUUCUGGGUGACCAGGCAGCAAUGAAGAGACAGGUGCUCUCGGCCAACUCAGUGGAGCAGAACUCCCUGGGACUCAAGCGACUAAUCAGCACUAAGAACUGGAGGGCGUCCGUGGAUCUGACGGGACGACUGCUGACGGCUCACGGCCAGGGCUACGGCAAGAGCGGCCAGCCCACCGGACACACCACUGACUCCUUACAGCUGUGGUUUGUGCGUCUUGCUCUUCUGGUGAAGCUCAACCUUUUCCAGAACGCUGAACUGGAGUUUGAGCCCUUUGGGGAUCUUGACCAUCCAAACCUCUACUACGAAUAUUACCCGACGGUUUACCCUGGAAGACGAGGCUCGAUGGUGCCGUUCUCCAUGCGUGUUUUGCACGCAGAGCUACCUCAGUAUUUGCAGAAGCCUCAGGAUACUCUGGACCGCCUCCACAGAAUAAAGAGCGUCUGUCAGAAGAUUCUGAGUAACCUGCAGGAGGGUUUAGCUGAGGACGGGAGUAUGGUGAACCUCACACAGGACAACAGACUAGCCUCGAUCCAGCUGUGGAGGUCACGUCUGAGCAGGGUGAUGUACUCCAUGGCCAACUGUCUGCUAAUGAUGAAGGACUAUGUUCUGGCAGUGGAGACGUAUCACUCCAUCAUCGAGUACGAGCCGGAGCAAAGCGUGCAGUUGCUGAGUGGAAUCGGGCGUAUCUUCCUCCAGAUUGGAGACAUAGGAACUGCUGAGAAGUAUUUUCAGGAUGUGGAAAACGCCUGUCAAUCAAAGGGAAAAGCACCUAACGAAGACACCUCAGUUCUGAUGAACAGGGCUUUUGUUUAUCUGAGCCAGAAUAACUACGCAGACGCACACGAGUGUUUCUCCAGUGUUUUGAAGCUUGACCCCAAGAACCCAGUGGCGAACAACAACGCAGCGGUGUGUCUCCUGUACCUGGGCCGGCUGAAGGAGUCCCUGGGCCAGCUGGAGAGCCUGGUGCACAAGGACCCUGCGCUGUACCUGCACGAGAGCGUGCUGUUCAACCUCACCACCAUGUACGAGCUGGAGUCGUCCCGCAGCACGCAGAAGAAGCAGGCUCUGCUGGAGGCCACGGCCUGUAGAGAAGGGGACAGCUUCAACACCCAGUGCCUCAAGCUGGUGUGAGACCCGCAGGACCAA